CUCCCCGCCUGCACGGUCCAACAUGUGUCAAAAUGCCGUCCUCACGACGCAACUACUCCAGCGCGUACACUUUUCGCUUUUACGACCCAACGACCUCCGGGAUUUCCUCCGCCAAUGGCCACACUCCGUACACCCGGGCAUCUCCCUAAAUUACCAAAAAGCCCUUCUUCACUCUUCACCCUCCUCCUCUGCUUCUCACCCUUCCUAAUUAUGCCUUCCACCGCGCAGCCCCCUCCCUGCACCGGGGGCCCCACCAGGCCCACCACCCCUCUCCUCUCCUUCCUCGUCCACCUCCAAUCAGAAGCCCUCAAAUCCCUGGGCCCCACAGACUUCGACCCCAAACUAUACGUCGACCUCCCCCUCAGGCGCCCUCUCUCCGUCACCGAAGCCGCCUUCGCCGAUCUCCCUCGCGUCAACGGGUCGAUACCCGUCCCCGAUCUCCACCGCUUCGUUAUGGACUACUUCCGGGAGGCCGGGUCGGAUAUUGUGGAGGACGUGCCCGUCGAUUUCGUGCCCGAGCCUGAGGGGUUCUUGCCGAAGGUGAAGAAUGAGAAAGUUAGGGGUUGGGCUUUAGGGGUUCAUUCUUUGUGGAAGAAUUUGAGUAGGCGGGUCUCGGAUGGGGUAAUAGAGGAUCCGGAUUUGCAUACCCUGCUACCGUUGCCGGAGCCCAUGGUGGUGCCCGGGUCGAGGUUUCGGGAGGUUUAUUAUUGGGAUUCUUAUUGGGUUAUCAGGGGUUUGUUAGUGAGCAAAAUGUAUGAUUCUGCAAAGGCACUAGUGCGUAACCUUAUCUCGCUUAUAAAGGUUUAUGGAUAUGUCUUGAAUGGUUCAAGGGCCUACUACAGCAAUCGGAGUGAACCUCCACUAUUAACUUCAAUGGUACUGGAAAUAUAUACGAGAACUGGUGAUUUAGCAUUUGCGAACGAAUCACUUCCUUUCCUGCUGGUAGAACAUAGCUUCUGGAAUUCAGGGAUUCAUAAAGUGACCAUUCAAGAUGUUCAAGGCCAGAUGUACUCUUUGAGUCGCUAUUAUGCGAUGUGGAACAAACCCAGACCAGAAAGUGCAAUAAUUGAUGAGGAAACAGCUUCCAAGCUUCAAUUGCCUCAGAAGGAAAUUUUUUACCGUGAAGUUGCUUCAACUGCUGAAAGCGGUUGGGAUUUCAGCUCUCGCUGGAUGAGAAAUUCAUCGGACAUGACUACAUUGUCAACAACGUCAAUAAUCCCGGUAGAUCUGAAUGUUUAUAUGUACAAGAUGGAGCUUGGCAUUGCUUUCUUCGCAAAGCUGACUGGGGAUAAUUCCACAUCCGAGAAAUUUCUGACGGCUUCAAAAGCACGAUUAACUGCAAUGACAUCCAUUUUCUGGAACGAGGAGAUGGGGCAAUGGCUUGAUUACUGGCUCAUUGGCGAGUGCGGCUCUGAGGAUGUCCACCAGUUUGACCUGCGCAAUCAGAAUCAAAACGUUUUUGCUUCAAAUUUCAUUCCUUUGUGGAUUCAGGAAAACAAUACAGAUGGACCUGCUGUGGACAAAGUUCUGAAGAGCUUGCAAACAUCAGGAUUGAUUCAUCCUGCAGGAAUCGCAACAUCAUUGGUAAAUACCGGUCAACAAUGGGACUUUCCAAAUGGUUGGCCUCCUUUGCAACAUAUGAUUGUCGAAGGAUUGGUAAGGUCUGGUUCUCCGGAAGCGAGAUCUUUGGCUGAAGAUAUUGCAAUAAGGUGGCUCAAAACAAACUAUGCAGCGUUCAAAAAGAGUGGUACGAUGCAGGAGAAGUAUGAUGUGGAGUCCUGCGGGGAAGCUGGAGGUGGCGGUGAAUACAAAACUCAGGUCAAAACUACAACCUUGAAUUAAAUAAUAUAGCAAUUA